GCCUGACGCGUCCCAUCAGGCCCAAGGAGUCAAAUUAGUGAUUUACAACUUGUUUAAAUUUUUUUACAUAACUUCAUAUCUCAAAAUACACAUUGUUGCCUGAAAUGCAAAUAAUUUAAAUCAAAACCUUUGCAUGUCCAGGUUUAAAGUCAGAGGGUAAAUCUGUGAAGCCACAGAUUGGAGAACAGAGGAUGGAGAAAGUUCUGCUCUUCUUUACAGCUUCAGCUCUGUGCGCCGCCGCCUCGCUGGCUGCGCGUCAGUAUCACUUCAUCUACGAGAAAAAGACCUGGGCCGACGCGCAGACCUACUGCAGACAGACACACACAGACCUGGCCACUGUGGGCAGCCUGGACGUUGCUACCACCCUGAACAACAUGGUCAACCUGACCCAAAUGGGCAGAGACACAGAUGCCUGGAUCGGUUUGUACGAAGACGUCCAGAGCUGGAGGUGGUCUCUGGUGAACGACCCCUUCUACCAAGGCUACAGCACCCAGUACAGGAACUGGAUUCCUGGGCAGCCAGACAACCGUGGCUCCAACGAGCCCUGCUCAGAGAUGAACGACCUUGGGCAGUGGAACGACCUUCCAUGUGAGGCGAUGCGUAAACCUCUCUGCAUGUCUGUCAGCAGCGCUCAGUCAGCGUCAUUUGUUGCUGUGAACUCCCUGAUGACGUGGAGCCAGGCGCAGAGCCACUGCAGGACGAACUACAAGGACCUGGCCAGUGUGAGGACGUCCGCAGAGAACAGCAACCUGCUGGCAGCGAAGCCUUCAGGGGAGUCCUACUGGCUGGGCCUUUACAGAGACACCUGGAAGUGGUCGAACGGAGACGGCAGGACGUUCAGCUACUGGACGUCCGGCCAGCCUGAUGGCGCCACUGAGCACUGCACCACAGCGUACUUCAACGACGCGGGCAGAUGGAGGGACUGGUUGUGCAGCUACGCCAAGCCAUUCAUCUGCCACUACGACCCGGUUCCUUUUACAAAACAUGUGAUGAAAGUAAAGCUGAGCAGUUCCACCGUGGACCUGAAUGACGCUGCGGUCCAGACUGACCUGCUCAACCAGCUCAGACGGAAGCUGCAGGAUGACGGACUGACAGGAAACCUGAGUCUGAGCUGGAGGCGGAUCGGUGGGAAGAUCUUCUACACGGAGCAGGAAGUGUGAGGAUGAGGAGGAGAAAUCUGCUCCAGGGAUGCAGCUCAUGUUUUCUGUGGCUUUAAAUGAAAUUCACAUGAGAACAUUGUGAUUUUUUAGCUUAAUCAAAUGUGACUGAAACAUUUGUAAGAAUUUCAUCUUUCUAAAAACCAAACCUCAUUCAUUCUUACGAGAAAAAUAUGUGUGUGCAGAUUUACUGUUUCCGUAAUCACAGAGUAAACCCACAUUGUUCAUGUUUUAACAGGAAGUCAGACUUUAACUCUGAAAGUCAUGAAACUCUGCUGCUUGUUAAAACACUGCUGUUUAUUAUAUUUAUUUAAUUGCUUUGGUUUUUCAUCUCAGUUUGAAACAGAAGCGUCUCCUCCUGUUAGCAUCGUGCUAACUUUCACAGUGAAGUUUCACUGCUGCAAACUGAAACCUUUUGCUUUUAAACUAAACUCAGAUGAAAUCUGUUCUCUUCUAGGAUAAAUGAAAUGAAACGUGGAGAAUCUUUUUCUGUGUCUGGAUGUUUUAAAAGUGUAAAAGCAAAUGCAAUAAAAAGAGAAG